GGAGAUAAUUUUUUAUUGCACACAUUUUGUACUUUUAAUUUUUUUACCAUGGUCAUGUAAUAACCUAUGAAAAACAUAAUUUAAUUAAGGAAAAAAUCUAAUUUUGCAUUAUUAUUGACGUUCCAGGGAUUCAUGUAAUUUUAGAAAUUGAAUGAAAACAAUUUUACAUGCAUGAAAUUCAGCUUUCUUACUCUAUACAUACUGAGUGAUUUGCCUUUUUCAGUAAUAAAAUCCUUUACUAUACCAGCUUGUUAAAUGAAUGCCAAAUCAAGAGUAAAUUUUCCAUAUGGAACACUAAAAAUUCCAUAGUGUUUUAGCCAUCCUGCAAAAGCAAAACCUGUAGGUAAAACAAUGAGAAAAUUUUCACCUUGAAACUAGGUAACAGGUAACCCAGAAGGCUGGCCAAGCAUAAAAUUACAGCCACAAACAGCCCUGCAGAGAACAUCUCAGGAGGGCGGCUGCUGGGUUUUUGUUGUUUUGUUGUUGUUUUCAUCUUUCUUGGCCAAAGGAAGCAGGUGGUAAGAGAACUCAACCACAGCUCCUGAACUCCUUGAGAUUUACAGAGCUCUGUCACCUGGGGUAAGACUGUCAUUCUUCCAGGUUUUCUUCCUGUCCAAGAAAACGGACAUGGUGUUUUUCAUGGUAUUUUCAAACUGGAAGAUCAAGACAGAAACUUUGGUCAUCAGGAAUGGAGAGAUUGCCCAAUGAAAUGACAGAAUUGAUCAUUAGGAUGUUUGUUACUCAAAAAGCCAAUUUUUAAAAGAAGGAUGCAUUAAAAUUAUUCCAACAUGCUAAUGUGGCACACUCCUCUGCUGCCUAACGGCAAGUGUUGCUAUUAGCAGAGGAAGAUUUGUUCUAGGAAAGAAGUAUUCUAGAGGGCCAGAAAGAACAGGUAUUGCUCCACCCGGGUAAACGCUGACUCAACUCUGUAGGGCUGGCACGCUCUUUCCUCACCUCACCCCUCCUGCCAAGAACUGAGAUCCAGAAAUAACAGAAUUAGCGAGAGAAGAGGAAAUAUGCAGGACGGUGAUGAUGAGUAUGCACGAGAGAGUGCCAGGCAGUUUUAAUCGUUAAUGUUCUCCGUCUAUUGCUAGAGAAAAUGUCUUUCCUUGGAGGAGGCAUUGGCACGAGUUACUAUAAACUCCCUCUGAAUCUCAACACUUCUGGGACGCCGAUUCUGCUCCUGGCCUGGGGCAGGGCGUGGGAGCUUGGAAGCCAGCGCUGCGCUCCCCGUGGGAAGCGAUCGCCUACUCCAUCAACUCGCGCCCGGGCACUUAGCCCCUCCCGUUUCAGGGCGCCGCCUCCCCGGAUGGCAAACCCUAUAAAGUGGCGGCGAAUAAGGUUCCUCCUGCUGCUCUGGGUUUAGUCCAGCUACAAGGUCAGCGAGAUCCCGCGCCCUCCGGAGCAUCGCGUGCAGGAGCCAUGGCACAGGAGCUAUACCACGAGGAGUUCGCCCGGGCGGGCAAGCAGGCGGGACUGCAGGUCUGGAGGAUUGAGAAGCUGGAGCUGGUGCCCGUGCCCCAGAGCGCUCACGGAGACUUCUACGUCGGGGAUGCCUACCUGGUGCUGCAUACGGCCAAGACGAGCCGAGGCUUCACCUACCGCCUGCACUUCUGGCUCGGAUUCUACCCGCACCACGCUGCUUGCGGGUCUGGUAGACAAAAACUCCGCUUCAUUAGGAAGCUGACGCCCUCAGAUGGAAGAAAGGAGUGUUCCCAGGAUGAAAGCACAGCUGCUGCCAUCUUCACUGUUCAGAUGGAUGACUAUUUGGGUGGCAAGCCAGUGCAGAAUAGAGAACUUCAAGGAUAUGAGUCUACUGACUUUGUUAGCUAUUUCAAAGACGGUCUGAAAUACAAGGCUGGAGGCGUGGCAUCUGGAUUAAACCACGUUCUUACAAACGACCUGACAGCCAAGAGGCUCCUACAUGUGAAGGGUCGUAGAGUGGUGAGAGCCACAGAAGUUCCCCUUAGCUGGGUCAGUUUCAACAAGGGUGACUGCUUCAUCAUUGACCUUGGCACCAAAAUUUAUCAGUGGUGUGGUUCCUCAUGCAACAAAUAUGAACGUCUGAAGGCAAACCAGGUAGCUACUGGCAUUCGUUACAAUGAAAGGAAAGGAAGGUCUGAACUAAUUGUCGUGGAAGAAGGAAGUGAACCCUCAGAACUUAUAAAGGUCUUAGGAGGAAAGCCGGAGCUUCCAGAUGGAGGUGAUGAUGAUGACAUUAUAGCAGACAUAAGUAACAGGAAAAUGGCUAAACUAUACAUGGUUUCAGAUGCAAGUGGCUCCAUGAGAGUGACUGUGGUGGCAGAAGAAAACCCCUUCUCGAUGGCAAUGCUGCUUUCUGAAGAAUGCUUUAUUUUGGACUACGGGGCUGCAAAACAAAUUUUCGUAUGGAAAGGUAAAGAUGCUAAUCCCCAGGAGAGGAAGGCUGCAAUGAAGACAGCUGAAGAAUUUCUACAGCAAAUGAAUUAUUCCAAGAAUACCCAAAUUCAAGUUCUUCCAGAAGGAGGUGAAACACCAAUCUUCAAACAGUUUUUUAAGGACUGGAGAGAUAAAGAUCAGAGUGAUGGCUUCGGGAAAGUAUAUGUCACAGAGAAAGUGGCUCAAAUAAAACAAAUUCCCUUUGAUGCCUCAAAAUUACAUAGUUCUCCACAGAUGGCAGCCCAGCAUAAUAUGGUGGAUGAUGGUUCUGGCAAAGUGGAGAUUUGGCGUGUAGAAAACAAUGGUAGGAUCCAAGUCGACCAAAACUCAUAUGGUGAAUUCUAUGGUGGUGACUGCUAUAUCAUACUCUACACCUAUCCCAGAGGACAAAUUAUCUACACGUGGCAAGGAGCAAAUGCCACACGAGAUGAGCUGACAACAUCUGCGUUCCUGACUGUUCAGUUGGAUCGGUCCCUCGGAGGACAGGCUGUGCAGAUCCGAGUCUCCCAAGGCAAAGAGCCUAUUCACCUGCUGAGUUUGUUCAAAGACAAACCGCUCAUUAUUUACAAGAAUGGAACAUCAAAGAAAGGAGGUCAGGCACCUGCUCCCCCUACACGCCUCUUUCAAGUCCGGAGAAACCUGGCAUCUAUCACCAGAAUUGUGGAGGUUGAUGUUGAUGCACAUUCACUGAAUUCUAACGAUGUUUUUGUCCUGAAACUGCCACAAAAUAGUGGCUACAUCUGGAUAGGAAAAGGUGCUAGCCAGGAGGAGGAGAAAGGAGCAGAGUAUGUAGCAAGUGUCCUCAAGUGCAAAACCUUACGGAUCCAAGAAGGCGAGGAGCCAGAGGAGUUUUGGAGUUCCCUUGGAGGGAAAGAAGACUACCAGACCUCCCCACUACUGGAGACCCAGGCUGAAGACCAUCCACCUCGGCUUUAUGGCUGCUCUAACAAAACUGGAAGAUUCAUUAUUGAAGAGGUUCCAGGAGAGUUCACCCAGGAUGAUUUAGCAGAAGAUGAUGUUAUGUUACUAGAUGCUUGGGAACAGAUAUUUAUUUGGAUUGGCAAAGAUGCUAAUGAAGUUGAGAAAAAAGAAUCUCUGAAGUCUGCCAAAAUGUACCUUGAGACAGACCCUUCUGGAAGAGACAAGAGGACACCAAUUGUCAUCAUAAAACAAGGCCAUGAGCCACCCACAUUCACAGGCUGGUUCCUGGGCUGGGAUUCCAGCAAGUGGUAAACUGGUGUUUGUAAAAAGCAAACAAACAUUACAAGGCAGUUAUCUCAUUGCUCUUUUGGGAGAGGAACAGGAAAAGCUUUUUGUUUAUUUGUCUUUAGAAAAUUAAGGCCAGGUACAGUGACUCACACCUGUAAUCCCAGCACUUUCGGAGGCUGAGGCAGUCGGAUCAUUUGGGGUCAGGAUUUCGAGACCAGCCUGGCCACCAUGGCAAAACCCCGUGUCUACUAAAAAUACAAAAAAAAAAAAAAAUUAGCUGGGCAUGGUGGCGCAUACCUGUAAUUCCAGCUACUUAGAAGACUGAGACCGGAAAAUUGUUUGAACCCAGGAGGCUGAGGUUGUGGUGAGCCGGGAUCGUGCCACCACACUGCAGCCUGGGCAACAGAGACUCUGUCUCAAAAAAUAAAUGAAUAAAUAAAAGUAACCUCAAUCAAAUGCCUAUUUUUUAAUGCUUAAUUUUGGUUUGAAAUUCUUCUUAAACUGGAGCUUUCUUACGUUAAUACAUUCAAAUAACCUGAAGGAAACUUUCAUUAUAAGCCAAUAUUAGCUCUUCUGGAAACUGAUUUAUAUCUUUUUUAUGACCUUUCAAAAGUAAAAUACUAUGCAUAAUCUAGAGAGAUUGUCAGAUAGGAAAUUUUAUAAUGCAUUGGCCAUUAGUCAAACUUGUUUUUUAACAUGCCAGAGAAAAAGUUGUAAUGCCUUGGAAGUUUUUCUCUUUUCUAUAGAUCAUGUUCAAAUGAUUUGUAUACUUGCAAUAAGGUUUAUGUUAAAGUGGCUUUAACAAUUUGUUGCUAUUUUCCUUCUUUAGUCAAUGUGACUUUGAUGCCAUUAACUCCUACGUGUUAUUUUCUAAGAGAAAUUUUAUCCUUUUUAAAAACCUUAUUAAAAGUCUUUGAAAGCACA